GCCAAGGAGAUCCCCAAGGUGCUGGCGGAUCCGCGCACCCGCCGGAGCUACAUGCGCGGGCGCUUCCUGGGCAAGGGCGGCUUCGCCAAGUGCUACGAGAUCACGGAGCUGGAGAGCCAGGCCGUGUUCGCCGGCAAGAUCGUGCCCAAGUCGCUGCUGGCGAAGCCGCACCAGAAGGAGAAGAUGUCCAUGGAGAUCUCCAUCCACCGCAGCCUGGCGCACCGCCACGUGGUCGGCUUCCAGGGCUUCUUCGAGGACAGCGACUUCGUCUUCGUGGUGCUGGAGCUCUGCCGCCGGAGGUCCCUGCUGGAGCUGCAUAAGCGGAGGAAAGCGCUGACAGAGCCCGAAGCGCGGUACUACCUGCGGCAAACAAUCCUGGGCUGCCAGUACCUGCACUGCAACCAGGUCAUUCACAGGGACCUCAAACUGGGCAACCUCUUCCUCAACGAUGACAUGGAGGUGAAAAUAGGUGACUUUGGCUUGGCAACCAAAGUAGAAUAUGAUGGUGAGCGUAAGAAGACCUUGUGUGGGACGCCAAACUAUAUAGCUCCUGAAGUGCUGGGCAAGAAGGGACACAGCUUUGAAGUGGACAUUUGGUCCAUUGGCUGCAUUAUGUACACUCUCCUGGUAGGGAAGCCACCCUUUGAAACCUCUUGUCUAAAAGAAACGUACAUCCGAAUUAAGAAGAACGAGUAUAACAUCCCCAAGCACAUCAACCCUGUAGCUGCUAAUCUCAUCCAGAAGAUGCUGAGAUCUGACCCGGCCACCCGCCCUACUAUUGACGAACUGUUGAAUGAUGAGUUCUUCACAUCAGGUUACAUCCCCACCCGGUUGCCCACCACCUGUCUAACCAUCCCGCCUAGGUUUUCAAUUGCCCCCAGUGGAUUUGACCCAAGUGGACGGAAACCUCUUACCGCUCUCAACAAAGGCCUGGACAGCCCUGCCUUAGAUAAAGCCCAUGAAAAGGAAGACGAAGCAGCACUGCGGGAGCUGGGAGAGCCUGUCGACUGCCAUCUAGCUGACAUGUUACAGCAGCUGAGUGUGGCCAAUGCAGCGAAACCCUCGGAGAGGGCAGUAGUGAGACAAGAGGAGGCUGAGGAUCCUGCUUGUAUACCCAUCUUCUGGGUUAGUAAAUGGGUGGACUACUCGGACAAGUAUGGAUUAGGCUACCAGCUGUGUGAUAACAGCGUUGGGGUUCUCUUCAAUGACUCCACCCGUCUCAUUAUGUACAACGAUGGGGACAGCCUACAGUACAUUGAGCAAAACAACACCGAGUCCUACUUCACUGUGAGAUCAUACCCCUCAACGUUGACUAAGAAGAUAACACUAUUGAAAUACUUCCGGAACUACAUGAGUGAGCACCUGCUAAAGGCUGGAGCCAACAUCACACCCCGAGAGGGGGAUGAGCUGGCACGCCUCCCCUACCUCCGCACCUGGUUCCGGACUCGCAGUGCCAUCAUCCUGCACCUGAGCAAAGGCACCGUGCAGAUCAACUUCUUCCAGGAUCACACUAAAAUCAUCCUGUGCCCCUUGAUGGCGGCGGUCACCUACAUCGACGAGAAGCGGGACUUCCGUACAUACAAGCUGAGCCUGAUCGAAGAGCAUGGCUGCUGCAAGGAGCUGGCCAGCCGGCUACGCUACGCCCGCACCAUGGUGGAGAAGCUGCUCAGCUCCAAGUCUGGCUCGGCCCGUAUGAAGCCCUCUGCUUAGAACCCAGCUGUAAUGGACUCAGUGUCUGUGCCAAACUGUUACGGCCUCAAACGGAGGGGCCUCUGCAAUGCCCUCCAGUCAAACUGUAAACCUCCCACUAGCUGGGCCACCUCUCUGCUGCCAGCUGCACUGGGGCCACAGGAGAGGACGCUGCUGAGGAAAUGUGUCUUUAUGCCAUGGCCAGACUGGCCCCUCCGCACCUAUUAGGAAGUUGAUUUUAUUGAAUAUCUAGUUUUUCUAACUGUCAGAUCCCCCCCCAGCCCUUGUUCUACGGCCUUGACACAGCCUCCUCUGGAGAACAGAGCAUGGGCAGGGCAGAGUUCUGUAAGUUAUUUGUAUGUUUGUGAUGCUCUGGGGCUCCCUUCCCUCUCCUGUAGUGACUGUAAGUAUUUAAUGUGCUCAUAUGCUGACUCUGAGCAAUCAGCCUUUUUAAUAUUGAAACUAAUCUGCACCAAAUUAAACUUUUGUAUAUUAAGUAACUUGAUUAAAGAUUGGUCUCUGUAGCCCCCUCCCUCCCACAUCCCAUGCAGUGCACCCUCUGGAUGAAGGGCUUUGCCUGGCCCAGGGGGGAGACUCUCUAUUAAGUAUGGGGUAGA